AUGACUACAAACAAAACAGUGUUGAUUGCAUAUCAGGAUAUCAAACUUCGUAAUAGUCGACCGUGGAAAGUGUUUACACUAUUCCUGGCGGAGUUCUUCGGUACCGGGAUGCUGCUUUUCGGUGGCUGCAUGGCUGGUCUGGACGGGUUCGACAACAUCACAACCAACAUUAGCCGCGGGAUCACCUUUGGCAUGGUCGUUAUGAUGGCAUUCAUUACCUUCAGCGCUACUUCGGGAGCGAUUAUUAAUCCUGCCGUGUCGCUGGCGGCCUACAUCUACGGUACGCUAUCAUUCCCGCUGAUGUUACUUUACAUUGUGGCUCAGUUCGCCGGAGCACUAUGCGGCUAUGGACUGUUACGGGCGGUCACGCCAUGGCAGUACUAUCUUCAAGCAUUGGAGCUCGGUGAUGGACAUUGUGUUACGGUGCCACACACAAGCCUUUCCGCUGGCAUGGCGCUUGCUGUGGAAAUCUUGCUCACGGGCAUAUUGGUGUGGACCAAUUGUGGCGUCUGGGAUCCGCGCAAUAAAAAGGAUAGUGACUCCGUCCCGAUCAAGUUUGCCUUCCUGAUUGCGGGUCUUUCGAUCGCUGGCGGGCCCAUUACCGGAGCCAGUAUGAACCCAGCGCGAACCCUCGCACCAGCAGUCUGGAAUCAUUCCUAUGACGGUCUUUGGAUUUAUUUUGCCGGCCCCACUAUCGGUUCCAUUCUGAUGGCUUCCAUGUAUCGGUACAUCUUUUGGGAAGAGUGUAAAGGCACCGCAAACUCUGCAUGCAACUGUGCGGAUAGUCUAGCACAGCAGCAGUUUCGUUCGGCUAAAGCUAUGCCUUGA